GGUGUUAAGCGGUCUGACAGCUUACCGCGUGACAAAGGUCAUUGGAUUUCUGGAAUGACGAUUGUAUGAAGUUUCAUCAUACUCAGUGACUGUCACCCACAUCAGGCGCCGCGAUGAGCGUGCGCUGCUUCCUGGGACCGGCGGCCACCAUCUUCAGCCCUUCGGGGGUAUGCGGACUGCUACGACCCCGCUCUUUGCAUCCAUGUGCGGCCGCAAGAAAAAUGAUGUCCACAAGGCAGAAAGACCAUCUGGAGCGGACGGCCACCAACCACAGGCAAACAGCCCUCUUCCCAGCAAAGGUGUGUGGGAUCACAGAGGAGUCGGAUACGGUGAGACGCCUCCGUCUGGCUGUCUCCGAUCCCAAAUUCACCUUUAAAGCUGGACAGUGGGUGGACUUCUUCAUCCCAGACCUUGCCACUGUCGGGGGGUUCUCCAUCUGUUCCAGCCCUGGCCUCCUACGAAGGGAGGGAGUGAUUGAGCUUGCUGUCAAGUACAGCCAGCAUCCUCCUGCGCACUGGAUUCACAGAGAGUGCCGUGUGGAUUCAGAGGUGGCCCUCAGGGUGGGUGGAGACUUCUUCUUCGACCCGCAGCCCUUAGACCGGCCAGUUGACCUGCUCUUAUUGGCCGGUGGGGUAGGGAUCAACCCACUCUUCUCCAUCCUGCUGCAUGCAGCUGACCUGCUCCGUGAACACAGUGCCAAUGGCGCCCCCUACCGGCCUGGCAGCAUUCGUCUCUGCUAUAGCGCCCGGAGCGUGCAUGAGCUGCUCUUCAAGAGCACCAUCUUGGACUUGUGUCAGGAGUUCCCGGGAACGAUAUCCUGUGACUUCUUCGCGACAAGGCAGAGCGACACCGUCCAGCCGCACCUCGGACAGCACGUAAGAGAGGGUAGGAUAACGGAGCAGGUUCUCAAGGACCACCUGGAGAGAAAGGACCCCCAGUGCUACCUCUGUGGGCCGCCCCCCAUGAUCAACAGUAUCUCAGACCGGCUGCUGCACCUCGGCCUGCCCCAGGACAGGAUCCACUUUGAGAAGUGGUGGUAGCUCUGGCCAGCCUGCCAGCCAGGCUCCGCCCCCACCGUCCCCAGGGGCUCCACGCGGCGCCGCGUCGGCUGCCUUGUGUUUGAACCGAGCGUGCUUGCGCCACCAGCGGGUCCGCCCGUGUAUCGCGGGGGUGCGGCUGGACGCCUCCCCACCAGCCGUUACGGAAAACGCACAGCUUGAAGGGACUCAUGCCAGAAUUUUUUUUUUUUUUUAAUUAAAUUCUUGUUGCAGCACUAUUUCCAUGUAAAGUAUGUAAUUCGUCCUUUGAAAAUGAGUUUUUGGGCCGUUAGACAGGAAAUUACCUCAUAUAAAACUGCGGUUUGCAUCACAUUUGAGUGAACAGACUUAAUAUAAAUGAAUAUUAUAUUCAGUUUAUUAUUUGAAUGCUUAUCUGUACCAUUUUAUUAAAAAAUGUAUUUCAGCAACUAGUGUUGCUCUGUUGGUAGAUGCUGGGUAAUUUGAUGACUUUGAGUUAAUAUUACCGGGGAGUUUGAAAGAUGCAUCUGUUGUUUACUGACGUUCGGGAUUAUUUUAGAAAAACAUUUAAAAAUGUGACAACUUGAAGACUCAAAAGUGCAAACUGCAAAGGUGAUGAUGGCAGAUGGGGCAAACUAAAUAUCCCUUCAAAUGUCCUGCUCUGAUGCAUACUGCUUUCCUUCGGGGAAGUUGUUUGCGUGACACCUUUACCCAGUUAACCCACUUCUGUUUGAGCUGGCACUUGCAGUCGCUCAGCUUCCUGUGAACAGUACAGCCAUCCACCGUCCUAUAGGCAGAGACGUUAAUAUCAGCCCUCCGACACACUGCGUUUUGGUCCUGCAUCACAUCAUCGUUUUAUAAUAAUAUCUUUCUUUACAUUGAAUAAAGGUCACAGAAUGUUGUUCUAGGUAUUUAAAAAGGUCAUAUUUCCUUUUAAUUCUCUUAUCUUUUGUUUUAGAACAGAAGGCAGGAAGUGUUCAGAUAUUUGAGGUGAUUAAUUAAAAGACUGAGUCAUCAGAUCGUGCGUA